GUUGGACACUAACUGAACUUCGUCAUGGCUGAUGGCCGCCCUGUGCCCAACAGUGUCUACUUCUACGUGCCGAACAAAGGGGCGCCUAUCUUCUUUGCCGUCGCGUUUGCCGUUGCUGGCCUCUGUUCCCUCUGGCAGUCCAUUCACUACAAGCUCUACAAACUAGCGGGGCUGCUGCCCCUCUGCUGCGCGUUCCUGAUAGCUGCCUAUGCGACACGGAGCUAUGGCGCGCUUCACUAUGAAGACGCCCAAGUCUACACCGCCAGCACCAUGCUGCUAUACAUGGCUCCCCCCCUCCUCCAGCUGUCCAACUAUUAUAUCUUGGGCCGCAUCUUCCAUUUCGUGCCCUACUUCGCCCCCAUGCACCCGGCCCGCAUGCUCCUCACCUUCGCCAGCCUCACUGCCGUCGUCGAGCUCCUAACCGUCGCCGGCAUCGCCUACCUCUCCAACCGCGACCUGCCCGAAAAGUCCCUCGACGUAGGCUACACCCUGACCAAAGCCUCGCUCGUGCUGCAGCUCCUCGUCACGGCCGUCUUCUUCCUCAUGGCAGGCAUCUUCCACCGCUGCUGCCGCGCCGGCGGCAUCAAGAACCUCCGCGUGAUGCGGCCCGUGGUGAUCUCCUACGCCAGUAUGCUCCUCCUCUUUGGGCGCACCGUAUUCCGCUGCGUGGAGCAGUUUAGCGUGCCGCCGUCGAGGAAGGGCGACAUCGACUCGUUCAGCCUGAGCCCUGUCGUGCGAUACGAGUGGUACUUUUACGUCUUUGAUGCGGCUCUGGUGCUCGUCGCCACGGUGGUGUGGAACGCCGGGCAUCCGGGCCGCUUCCUGCCUGCUGAUCCUCGGGCGUAUCUUGCGCAAGACGGCACGACGGUGCUCAAGGGCCCCGAGUGGAAGGACUCGCGAUCGUUGACUGAGACGUUCUUUAACCCGUUUGCGAUGCUAACCACGAGGGGCGGGCACCAGAAGCAGUUUUGGGAGAGUAAUGGGUAUGCAUUGAGGACGACGAGGAGGGGCGCUGGGGUGGCUUGAGACGGGGAGCCGUGUUAAGGUUCAAGUUGUUGGAGAUCUGAAGGUUAGGAGAUAUUGUACCGGAAUAUGCACCAACAAAAGCGGCUGAAAUAACUGACUUACCCUCUUACGGGUGUAAUAAACAGGCGGAAGUACCUACCUAACGAAAUGUUCUUGUUGAUCGUUUGGAAGUCUGGGAAUAAGCUGCAGGUAGAGGCCGGCGAAGCAGACAGUUUCAUCGCCCCAAAAGAUUUCAUUCAGCUG